CCAGGAGGACGAGCAAGGGGAUGAGAAUAAGGCUCGAGGGAACUGGUCCAGCAAACUGGACUUCAUCCUGUCCAUGGUGGGGUACGCAGUGGGGCUGGGCAAUGUCUGGAGGUUUCCCUACCUGGCCUUCCAGAAUGGGGGAGGGGCUUUCCUCAUCCCUUACCUGAUGAUGCUGGCCCUGGCCGGGUUGCCUAUCUUCUUCCUAGAGGUGUCCCUGGGCCAGUUUGCCAGCCAGGGGCCAGUGUCUGUGUGGAAGGCCAUCCCAGCUCUGCAAGGCUGUGGCAUCGCAAUGCUGAUCAUCUCUGUCCUAAUAGCUAUAUACUACAAUGUGAUUAUUUGCUACACACUUUUCUACCUGUUUGCCUCGUUUGUGUCCGUGCUACCCUGGGGCUCUUGCAACAACCCUUGGAAUACGCCAGAAUGCAAAGAUAAAACCAAACUUUUAUUAGACUCCUGUGUCAUCAGCGACCACCCCAAAAUACAGAUCAGGAACUCGACUUUCUGCAUGACUGCCUAUCCCAACUUGACCCUGGUUAACUUCACCAGCCAGGCCAACAAGACGUUCGUCAGCGGCAGCGAAGAGUACUUCAAGUACUUUGUGCUGAAGAUUUCUGCUGGAAUCGAAUAUCCUGGUGAGAUCAGGUGGCCGCUAGCCUUCUGCCUCUUCCUGGCUUGGGCGAUCGUGUACGCCUCCCUGGCUAAAGGAAUCAAGACUUCCGGAAAAGUGGUGUACUUCACGGCCACGUUCCCUUACGUGGUGCUGGUGAUCCUGCUCAUCCGGGGAGUCACCCUGCCGGGAGCUGGGGCUGGCAUCUGGUACUUCAUCACACCCAAGUGGGAGAAGCUCACGGAUGCCACGGUAUGGAAAGAUGCUGCCACUCAGAUUUUCUUCUCUCUGUCUGCUGCCUGGGGAGGUCUGAUCACUCUUUCUUCUUACAACAAAUUCCACAACAACUGCUACAGGGACACUCUAAUUGUGACCUGCACCAACAGUGCCACAAGCAUCUUUGCUGGCUUCGUCAUCUUCUCUGUCAUCGGCUUCAUGGCCAAUGAGCGCAAAGUCAACAUUGAGAAUGUGGCAGACCAAGGGCCGGGCAUUGCAUUUGUGGUUUACCCAGAAGCCUUAACCAGGCUGCCCCUCUCUCCGUUCUGGGCCAUUAUCUUUUUCCUGAUGCUCCUCACUCUUGGACUUGACACGAUGUUUGCCACCAUUGAGACCAUAGUGACGUCCAUCUCAGAUGAGUUCCCCAAGUACCUGCGCACGCACAAGCCCGUCUUUACCCUGGGCUGCUGCAUUUGUUUCUUCAUCAUGGGCUUCCCAAUGAUCACUCAGGGUGGAAUUUACAUGUUCCAGCUCGUGGACACAUACGCUGCCUCCUAUGCCCUCGUUAUCAUUGCCAUCUUCGAGCUCGUGGGGAUCUCCUACGUGUACGGUUUGCAACGAUUCUGUGAAGACAUAGAGAUGAUGAUUGGAUUCCAGCCCAACAUUUUCUGGAAAGUCUGCUGGGCAUUUGUGACCCCAACCAUUCUAACUUUUAUCCUGUGCUUCAGCUUUUACCAGUGGGAGCCCAUGACCUACGGCUCCUACCACUACCCUAACUGGUCCAUGGUGCUGGGAUGGCUGAUGCUCGCCUGCUCCGUUAUCUGGAUCCCAAUCAUGUUUGUGAUAAAAAUGCAUCUGGCCCCUGGCAGAUUUAUUGAGAGGCUGAAGUUGGUGUGCUCGCCGCAGCCAGACUGGGGUCCAUUCUUAGCUCAGCACCGCGGGGAGCGUUACAAAAACAUGAUCGACCCCCUGGGAACCUCUUCCCUGGGACUGAAACUGCCAGUCAAGGAUUUGGAACUGGGCACCCAGUGCUAGUCCAGUGGUGUGGAAAGGUCCAGACUUUAAUCCUGUUUGUUCUCUCUGCCCCUCCCCCUCCCCGUACGAUUUUCCCAGGUUCCCUCUCAUUUUUCUGCUUCUUUCCCCUGCAUAUCUUGGUUCACAACCAUGCAUGAGUGUGGUCAUGUAGAAAAGUAGGACCUAGUGUGGCAUGCUAUAGUGAGAGCUACACGGACCACUUGAAGCACUGUUUGUGUCCAUGGUGUGCGUUUCCAGAAGGGUUGGUUCCCUGAGCAUAGUCUCUUCCUAUGGGGCCCCUUGGCUUGGGGAGUGCUAGGAGGUGAACGAACAUGUCUUGGUUACCACAGGAGGAUUUGCUGUGUGUUGUCACGGGGAUGCCAGGUGUAGAAGGGCAGAAUUUCAGGACUGUUCAGGUGGGCGUAUCAGCAUUGCAGAGCUGUAAUCCAGUGAUUCCUUUCAGGCCCCCAAAGUUUGGGGUGCGGUACAUUUAGGGGGACAGCAGUGGCCAGGCAUUGUUUUGAAUAUAAAGCAAAGCUGGUAGAUUUGGACACCACUGAGGCUGGUAAGUUCAUAGUUUCAUCAUCAGACCUAUUUCCUCGUUUGGAGCAAGGAUACCACAAACUUGGAUGCUCCUCUCCUGCAUGCUGUGGGGCUAAGAAAGUGUCCGUUCUUUGUCCUUAGUCACCUUUAUUUAAAAAAAUAAUAUUUGUGACAUCAUUUAGUCCUUUCUCCUCCCUGCGCAAGAAGCCAUCCUAUAAUUUGUGCCUCAUUUUGUAUGUUCAUAGCAGAGCUCCAUUCUGGUUUCUGUGUGAUAUUUAGUAUCGUGCUUCAGUGUCAUGAUCCUUUGUCUCGUCUUCUCUAAGUGUUUUUCUAUAAACUGUAGAUACUGUGUCUUUCAACCUCCGGGAAAACAAGACUUACCCUGGCUCUGUCUAUAUAUUAUAUAUAUCAGACGCAAACUCUUAAAAGAUGGAUAGUGUCUUCAUUUUUACUCAACUUUUCCAUUCAUAGCAAAUGCCAGUUGUGGUCACAGAGAAAUCAGCAACAUGAAGAAUUUAAUGGAAAGGAACCAUAAUAUUCACUGCUCCAGUAGCAUAGCUUAGGUCACUGUGUUUACAGAAGUUUCUGAUAAAUGCAGCUUAGGCAAGUAGUGAGUGAUCCAGUUAAGACUAUAGCUUUUAAGACUACAUUUAGCCAAUUCAAUUUUAAGAGUUUCCUAUCCACAGUGCUCAUUGUAACUGCACUCUAAUGAGAGUGAAUCAUAUGUCUGCAGAGAUUGGAGAAGCCGUAACCUUUAUUAUCUUCUUAAAUCCUGAACAUGCAUAUACGAAAUUUUUAAAAUGUGCUAUGUACUUAUGUAGUGUGUACUCGUAGUGGUGUUUUCUGUCCUUAUAAAUAUCUUAGAAAUCACUAGAUGGUGAGUUUAGAAUAGUGUGGUCUGGGCUUUUCUUUUUUUUAUAGUAUUAAUAUCUAAACCUAAAAUCGUUUCCCUUAGGGGAGACCAUUUCAAUCAUCUUCUUAUUCAUUUGUCUUCAUAUUACAGGGUCUCAGGCAAAAAAAUAUUCAGUUCAAAUCUUGUAUAUUGGCGUGGCAUUUUCAUCCUGUUUAGAAGCAGUGAAACCCAACAACAGACUUUAGUGUUAGCAUUUUAAAAAGAUGGCUUCAUUUGUACCUGAAAUGUCUGAGCUAUUUUUUCCCCUGCGCUCUUUCUUUUUUUAAAAAAAGGCAAAGAGCAUCACCAUUUGCCUACAAGGUUGUGACUGUCCAGGUUUCCAGAGGAGCCUGGGAAAGGUGUUGGGAAAGGAAACACAGGUGGGUUUGAAUGUAGGUUUUUGUGUCUCGUCUGCAGUAUGUUUGCCUGUUCUCUUCCUGUCCUCUUCCCCUCGUCUCUCAAAGUUAGACCUGGAAGACUCUUUCCCAGAAACUGAAGCCGGAUCUUCUCUGAAGCUCACUUUCAGGAAGUUGAAGUGUGGCCUUGCCUGUCUAGUGUUUGCCUUCCUGACCUGUCUGCCAUCAGAUUUCUCCCAAGAAAGCCAUAUUGAUGAGGAAACCCCGUUUCCAUACCAGAUGGCACAGGGUGGUACCAAAAAUUAGCCUCAGCAAUUGAUGUCUGGAAGGGAGGAGGGGAGGAAUAAUUGAGGUCUGGGAAUUAUCUAUAGCCUUUCCAAACCAAAGGUGGAAGAAAAGAUCUUAAAUUGAUCAGCAUUCUCUCAUGGGAUUGGCUUGUUCAUGUCUGGGUGAAUGGGUUUUGGCUUUCCUUUUGCUUCCUGGCUGAAAUUGAGUCUGACCCUGGACACCGAACCUACUUCUGCUAGUUAUUGCUUCUGUUACUACAAGGAGUGGGGUGCUCCCCACCCAUGAAUGCUGCCAUUUACAGACUGCACUCUAACUCAGCUGUGAGGUUGGAGACCUCCUCAUUAGGCAGUGUUUUGUAUUUGGGGGUAUCUAUAUUGUAUUUGUGUGCGUUAGGGUUUGUCCAGCAAAACCAGCUGGGUUCCCCUGCCAACCUCUGUGCCCUACCGUUUUCAAAUUUCGUAUACAGUUUGCUCAAAAAGACGUGCUCAGGUGAAUGGUUCCGAACUUAUCUGGAAAUGAGGAGAUUUUAAAUUUAGUUUUGUCAGUGUUUAUGGUCAUGUUGGGAGUUGAGGCAUUCUCUGGCGGAUGGUUCAGCCUCCAGGUAUGUCCAGUCGUUUCGUGUUUAUAGUGUGAUGCUUCCUAGGGGCUUGGCCGAGAUGCUGAGAGCUGGGAUGUGUCUGACCAGACGGAUUGCUUCCAUGCUAUUACGAAUGUGCAGUUAAUCGGAAGAAAAAAAACCCCACCUGAACAAAAAUAAAAUGAGUAGCAUGGUUGUAACCUGCCACCCGAAGAGUUCCCUUCAAACUGGGGAAAAACUGAGUUGCUUAGGAAAGACUUUCAUUGGGACACUGUGCAGAGUGUUCGGGGCAUUUUCCACUUGUGAAAUUAUUUCCUAACACCAACGGAUGUCAGAAACCUAUUCAGAGAAAAACAAGCCAUAUUGAAAAACAGUAACCCUGUAAUUUCCUUAAAAGAGAAAAACAUGUAUAUUUCUUAACUAUAAUGGUAGUGGCUUCUUAUGCAAAUAUCUAUCUCAUAUAUUAGCAACUUUUCAUCUUUUUGUCACAUGCUGUGUUUGUCAUGUGCCAAUGUGUCCUUAGCAAUUGUUUCCUUUUUUCCCCAGUCUAUUUAUUUAUUGCAUGAAAUCGGUGAUCAGUGCAAAAUCUGAAUGACCUCAACGCCUUUGAAGCUUCCACUGAGUUUUUAAUAUAGAAGAAAUGUAAUCAGCUUGUAUUUCAGUGAGCAGCACCUUACAAAGAGUUUAAUGAAAUGAUCUUCGGGUAAGACUUGAAAUGUCUUUAUGCCAUCGCGAUACUGGGAGUUGAGUUGUAUUUACGUUUUUGUCUUGUUAUCUACGUGUGCUUGUCCACCUUCUCCUGUCGGCAUGGUUUACCUAUGCCUAAAAGUAGAGUUUUCUUUCUUCUCUGUCUCCUGGCUGUCAGUCACUGUCCUCUUCCUAGAAGCUUUCACAAAAGCUAUUGUGUGGGUGGUGGCAACAUCACACCUUUGUGGUCACUCCUGGAUUUGCGUUUGUGACGCGGCUCUUGGAGGCAGAUGGCUUGAGUGAGGGGGCUCUGUAUGGCAGGUUAUCUCACAGGGACAAAAGGACAAGGCCAACAAGUGAGCAUUUCGGUGCUUCGCCCUGGGUAUCAAGCAGAAGACUUGCAGGCUGGAAGCAGAGGCAGGUGAUUCCAUCUAGAUAUGCGUUUUCCCACAAAGUGGCCCUGAGAUUUGGAAAGCGAAGCUGCCUGUCUUGCCCAGAUUUCUCUUUGGCUGUCCAGAAAGGCCAAGGAAUUAGGUGGUCUCUGCUCCGGGCACAUCUGAGCAGCCUGCAGCCAAAGAGAAAGUGUUUUCAGACUGAAUAUUCAUCAUCUUGGAAAGCGAGCGGUGGUUUGAUUUGCCUGCCAUGGAUGAAAUACAUCUUCAGGUGACCAUUUGCCUUCUAGGUGUAUUUUUAUUGUUAAGGCGAUACUUGGGAAUUCACCAGGAAUUGUUUUCUCUCUCGUUUGUUGCUCUUUUUUUUUUUUGCACUUUAUUACGGACCUAUCAAAGGAUAGUUUACUUCUUAAAUUGUGUACUUGGAUAAUAUCCUAAAUGCAAGCAUCUUCAGUGGAUAUUGUUACACAGGAAUAAAGAUAUGUUCGCUAAUCAGGUCCUUAUAUUUUUUCAUUAACUGUACAUGAAGAAAAUAUAUUAUGUUGCAAAUGAUGCAUCAUAGAUACCUUCUAGAGUACAUAUUAUAUACUGUGAAUUAUUCACUUGCUAAGUCAUUCUUGAGGCCCUACCUCAGAUUUUGUAUUUAUGUGUAUAAAUGCAAUUUAUUGUAUUAUAUAUUUGCCUAUUCUAUACAGAUAUAAAUUAGAAUUUAUCCUAAUAAUGUAUGCGUCCACAAAACCCUAAAUAAAUAUCGGUGUUUAAAACGUAAUCAUUGAGAGGUUGUGUCUGUUCCAAGCCCGUUGCCCACUAUCUUGCUUUCUUAACCAAUGGACUUCAGGUUUUCCUAGGUUUGAUUGGUUUUAUUGUGAGAAGCCUGGAACAGCCAUGGCAAAUUGCCCUCGUGGGAAAGUGAGAUAUUGUUGUGCUGUAGCAGAAACAAAUAUCAAUUAAA